UAUUUGGAUUGUAGCAUAGAGGCACUAUGUACUCGGAGUGGAGAUCCUUGCAUCUUGUCAUUCAAAAUGAUCAGGGUAAUACCAGUGUACUUCACAGCUAUCCUGAAAACGUGGGGAGAGAAGUGGCAAAUGCAGUGGUGCGUCCUCUUGGACAAGCUUUAAUUACAUCAUCCGUUGGAAGUGAGAGUUUACUAAAAACAGACAAAGAAGUAAAAUGGACUAUGGAGGUGGUUUGUUAUGGACUGACCCUCCCUCUGGAUGGCGAUACUGUGAAAUACUGUGUCGAUGUAUAUACAGAUUGGAUUAUGGCUCUUGUAUUACCUAAGGACUCCAUUCCUUUACCAGUUAUUAAGGAACCAAACCUUUAUGUUCAAAGCAUUCUCAAACAUCUCCAAAAUCUCUUUGUACCAAGGCCAGACCCAGGAUCUAGUCAGAUUAGAUUGUGCUUGCAGGUUUUGAAAGCUGUCCAGAAACUGGCUCGCGAAUCGACAAUUAUGGCAAGAGAAACCUGGGAGGUUUUGUUAUUAUUUCUUCUUCAGAUCAAUGACACGCUUCUAGCAGCUCCAACUGUGCAAGGUGGCAUUGCUGAGAAUCUGGCUGAAAAAUUAAUUGGCGUGCUGUUUGAGGUGUGGUUACUAGCUUGUACACGGUGCUUUCCAACACCACCUUACUGGAAAACUGCCAAAGAGAUGGUGGCCAACUGGCGACAUCACCCUGCAGUAGUUGAGCAGUGGAGCAAGGUCAUCUGUGCCCUUACAUCCAGAUUGCUGCGUUUUACAUAUGGACCUUCAUUUCCUCCAUUUAAAAUUCCUGAUGAAGAUGCUGGUCUGAUUCCUCCUGAAAUGGAUAAUGAGUGCGUUGCACAAACUUGGUUUCGCUUUUUACAUAUGCUGAGUAAUCCUGUGGAUUUGAGUAACCCAGCCAUUAUUAGCUCUACCCCCAAAUUUCAGGAGCAGUUUCUGAAUGUGAGUGGGAUGACUCAAGAACUGAAUCAGUACCCCUGCCUUAAACAUCUGCCUCAGAUAUUCUUUCGUGCCAUGCGUGGGAUCAGCUGUUUAGUGGAUGCGUUCCUAGGCAUUUCACGACCCCGGUCGGAUAGUGCACCACCCACGCCAGUAAAUAGGCUGAGCAUGCCCCAGAACACUGCUAUCAACACCACUCCACCCCAUAACCGAAGGCAUCGGGCAGUGACUGUGAAUAAAGCAACGAUGAAAACCAGCACUGUAACUACUGCACAUACUUCAAAAGUGCAGCACCAACCCUCCUCUACUUCUCCACUCUCUAGCCCAAACCAGACAAGUUCUGAGCCACGGCCACUACCAGCUCCUCGUAGGCCAAAGGUUAACAGCAUCUUGAACCUCUUUGGAUCGUGGUUAUUUGAUGCAGCAUUUGUUCACUGUAAACUUCAUAACGGAAUAAACAGAGACAGCAGCAUGACUGCUAUAGCAACUCAAGCUAGUGUGGAGUUUCGCCGGAAAGGAUCGCAAAUGUCCACAGACACAAUGGCUUCCAACCCCAUGUUUGAUGCGAGUGAAUUCCCAGACAACUAUGAAGCGGGAAGGGCAGAGGCAUGCGGGACACUGUGUAGGAUAUUUUGUAGCAAGAAGACUGGGGAGGAAAUAUUGCCAGCUUACCUAUCCCGAUUUUACAUGCUUUUAAUUCAGGGUUUGCAGAUAGCAGAUUUCAUUUGCCAUCCCGUUCUUGCCAGUGUUAUUUUAAACUCCCCUCCUUUGUUCUGCUGUGACCUGAAAGGGAUUGAUGUCGUGGUUCCUUAUUUCAUUUCGGCUCUUGAAACUAUUUUACCUGACAGAGAACUCUCAAAGUUUAAAAUCUAUGUAAACCCCACAGAGCUAAGAAGAGCUUCGAUUAACAUCUUGCUGUCUCUGUUGCCUCUCCCUCAUCACUUUGGAACCAUAAAGUCUGAGGUUGUCCUGGAAGGGAAAUUCAGCAAUGAUGACAGCUCAACAUAUGAUAAGCCAGUAACCUUCCUUUCCUUGAAGCUGAGGCUUGUGAAUAUACUUAUAGGAGCUUUGCAAACAGAAACAGAUCCCAACAACACUCAAAUGAUACUAGGUGCAAUGUUAAAUAUUGUUCAAGAUUCAGCACUGUUAGAAGCCAUUGGCUGUCAGAUGGAAAUGAACGGUGGUGAAAACAACCUCUUUAAAAGCCACAGUCGUACUAACAGUGGCAUUAGCACUGCAAGUGGAGGCAGUACGGAGCCCACAACACCAGAUAGUGAGAGACCGGCACAAGCCCUUCUGAGGGAUUAUGCUCUUAAUACAGAUACAGCUGCUGGACUACUGAUACGCAGUAUUCACCUGGUAACCCAAAGACUCAACUCACAGUGGAGGCAGGACAUGAGUAUCUCUCUGGCUGCACUGGAGCUUCUGUCUGGACUGGCAAAGGUGAAAGUGGUGGUUGAUUCCUCUGAUCGGCAGAGAGCCUUAUGCAGCUACAUAGUGUACCAGUGCAGCCGCCCAGCCCCGCUCCACUCCCGUGACCUUCACUCCAUGAUCGUUGCAGCUUUCCAGUGCCUCUGCGUCUGGCUCACUGAGCACCCCGACAUGCUGGAUGAGAAGGAUUGUUUAAAAGAGGUACUGGAGAUUGUGGAGCUGGGCAUUUCAGGAAGUAAAUCCAAAAGCAGUGAACAAGAGGUCAAGUACAAAGGAGAUAAGGAGCCAAACCCUGCAUCCAUGAGAGUGAAGGAUGCUGCUGAAGCUACACUAACGUGUAUUAUGCAGUUACUUGGAGCAUUUCCUUCUCCCAGUGGCCCUGCUUCUCCUUGCAGCUUGGUGAAUGAAACCACAUUAAUUAAAUAUUCUCGUCUACCUACCAUAAACAAGCAUAGCUUCCGUUACUUUGUUUUGGAUAAUAGUGUCAUCCUGGCGAUGUUGGAGCAGCCUCUAGGGAAUGAACAGAGUAACCCAUCCCCCUCUGUCACGGUUUUGAUCCGUGGGACAUCUGGAAGAUUUGCAUGGGCCCAGCAACUCUGUCUUUUACCAAGAGGAGCUAAAGCAAAUCAAAAGACUUUUGUACCAGAACCUCGACCAGCUCCUAAAAAUGAUGUUGGAUUGAAAUACAGUGUGAAGCACCGCCCUUUUCCUGAAGAAGUGGACAAGAUCCCAUUUGUGAAAGCUGACUUGAGCAUUCCAGAUUUACAUGAAAUUGUGAAUGAGGAACUCGAAGAGCGACACGAGAAGCUGAGGAAUGGCAUGGCUCAGCAGAUUAUUUUUGAGACUUCCAUAGAUCAGAAAAGUGAAGAGGAGUGGCGGAAGAAGAGCUUUCCCGAUCCGAUCACGGAGUGUAAGCCCCCACCACCGGCACAGGAGUUCCAGACAGCACGCCUGUUCCUCUCUCACUUCGGGUUUCUCUCACUAGAGGCAUUGAAGGAACCUGCUAACAGUCGUCUACCUCCUCACCUGAUUGCACUUGAUUCUGCUCUUCCUGGAUUUUUUGAUGACCUUGGCUACUUGGAUUUACUACCAUGUCGUCCUUUUGAUACUGUUUUCAUUUUCUACAUGAAGGCGGGCCAGAAAACAAGCCAGGAGAUCCUGAAGAACAUGGAGUCUUCCAGAAUUGUUCAGCCACACUUCCUGGAGUUCUUGCUGUCUCUUGGCUGGUCUGUUGAUGUGGGGAAGCACCCUGGGUGGACUGGCCAUGUCUCAACAAGCUGGUCAAUCAAUAGCUGCAGUGAUGAAGAGGGGCCAGAACAAGAUGACCUAAUUAUUUCAGAAGAUGUUGGGGCAAGUAUCUUCAAUGGGCAGAAGAAGGUGCUGUAUUAUGCAGAUGCCCUGACAGAAAUAGCUUUUGUUGUCCCAUCACCAGUGGAGUCCCUAACUGAUUCACUGGAAAGCAAUGUCUCUGACCAAGAAAGUGACUCCAACAUGGAUCUGCUGCCAGGAAUAUUGAAGCAGCAGUCUCUGACACUUGAACUCUUCCCCAAUCAUACAGACAAUCUUAAUCCCUCCCAGCGGCUCAGUCCUACUUCCAGAUCCAAGAGGGUGCCUCAGGGCCGGACCAUUCCACCGAUGGGACCUGAAACCAAAGUGUAUGUGGUCUGGGUGGAACGUUAUGAUGAUAUAGAAAACUUCCCCCUCCCUGAUCUGGUGUCUGAGACUAGUACUGGUGUGGAAACUACAGCCAAUAGUAGCACUUCCCUAAGAUCUACCAUUCCUGAGAAGGAAGUUCCUGUCAUCUUCAUUCAUCCUUUAAACACUGGCUUAUUCAGGAUAAAACUACAAGGAGCAACUGGGAAAUUCAAUAUGGUUAUCCCAUUGGUGGAUGGAAUGAUAGUCAGUAGGAGAGCUCUCGGUUUUUUAGUGAGGCAGACAGUAAUAAAUAUUUGUCGGAGAAAGAGGCUGGAAAGUGAUUCAUACAACCCCCCACAUGUCCGCCGAAAACAGAAAAUAGCAGACAUUGUCAACAAAUACCGGAACAGGCAGCUGGAGCCAGAAUUUUAUACCUCACUUUUCCAGGAGGUUGGGCUCAAGAACUGCAAUCCCUAGGUCGUUAUCCUUCCGGGACAAUUAGAUCAGAGCUUGGUGGCUACAGUAAUGAAAACAGUUAAAUAACAACAACAAAUUUCCUCAGCCCUCUGGAAUUCAGGAAAUCAUAUUCUAGCACAAGUCAGCAGAUACCAUGUGGGAGGAAUGAGAAAUGAAUCCAAAACAUUGCAGUUGGGAUAUUGACUUAAUUCACCUACCCUCAAAAGAUUACUUAAUUCCAGUUUUCCUGGAUGCUAGCAACAUAACCUCUUCACCCAGUCAUCUAUUCCAGACUAAUUAGGAACUGUAAGUUUCUCACUCUGUGAGAGGAAAACAAUCAAAACAAAGCCAUCUCUGCAUAUAAGGAUGGAAAACAAAAUACAAACAAACCUGCCUUCAGACAUCUUGCUACACCCACGUGUUAAAGGAGAAGGGAGCAGAUCUCUCCUUUGAGGAGAGAGUCUGUGUCAGAGCAUUAACUAUCCCUACAAGAACUUAAAAGACACUUUCAGCCCCCCUUCAGAGCUCAACAGAAGAUCAUUCACUGCUUGCAACCAAUUUGUGUACCAAAGCCGAGAGGAGGAAAAUUGCUUGGAAUCAUGAAAUUCAUAGCCAAGAUGCUGUAUUUUACAGUUCCCUCCGUGGCUGGGAGUGAGUCCAUCUGCAUACGAGAUUUCUGUCAUGCUGACAACAAACAACACCUGAAAUUACCUGACUUUCCAACAUAAGUUGUUACUGGAUAAGAGCUCUUGGUUAUAUAAAAACAACGUUAUGACUUUCAGGUCUGUUGCAAAAUGUCGCAUUUAAUUUUAGUAGCUUGGGGUUUUUUAAUUAAUUUUUAAGCAACUACUUAAUUUAUUUUGAAGUGUCUGUAUCACCUACUCACCGUUUCCAUAAAAAGUGUAAACAUCACUUGCUUUCCUUCCAUUGGAUUGAAAUCUGAGAUUCUGGGGCUGCCUCCUGCCUGAUAUUUAUAGCAUAAGCAGUUUUCGCAGCUUCUACAACACUUUUCAGAAGCUCCUGUUAAACAGACUAAAACAACUCAAAGAAAAUUCAAGGAUUCUUCUUCUUCCCCAUUAACUUGCCAUUCCAUGAAAGCCCCUUUGGAGUUAUAACUUAAAAUUGCUUUGAAUCUGCUGUGCAUUCUCAUGCUCAGCAGUGGUGGCUCCCUUUCACCUAGGUCAGACGUUUUCAUUGUCAGACUGUGGAUUUCACGUGUUCAGGACUUGAAGGAUGUGCUGGGAAAAGAUGUUUACAACUACAAAUUUAGUAUUGGGAAUAUAGAAGCUGCAGUGGGCGCUGGCAGCCUUGGGAGCGCUGUCAGGCUCCCGGCGCAGUCUUAACUUGUGUUGCAGUAAUGAAUCAUCGCUGGCGCUCCCGGGUAGGUGCGGUUUGUGACCACUGGCAGCAGCACGUGUCCUUUCCCUUCCAGUAAGCAGGUAAUGUAAGACUGAGAGCGAGCAGGAAUUUGGGGAGCUCCUUAUGUUAUUCCAGAAGUGUUUUUAUUAGCUUUUUAAUAUGCAUUGCAGUAAUACCUGUCAGUCAUGUAAUUUUGGCAUUUCAGAGUUACUUUUUGCAGCAGUUCUGACCUGAAACAGUCUUAAUUGUUUCAUUACAACUUACCUGCCAAGGACAUACCCUGCUCCUGUCUUUUCAUGUGGUUUUUCACAAAGAGUUAA